AUGGUGCCUCGUGGCCGCUGUCGUCAGUGCGCAGAGCUGGGCCUGCUGAACACGUCGACGCACUGGCUGGUGUGGGGCGGAGGGCCGCCGCCGGCGGACCUGCCGCUGCGGCUGGACAGUGACGUCACGUGGGCCUUUCCUCGCGAGGGCGAAGUCGCCCUGGAGAAGCUGGUCCUCGACCAACCCGAAGACUCGCUGCUCAGGAUCCCCGUGGGGCGCUGGUCGCAGGGCACAGGGCUGGCGUACCACGGCACCCACGUGCAGUGGCCGCCGCGCCAGCUCAACGGACGAAUACUGCGUCUCGCAGCCAGGGUGAUCUACUCGCCCUUGGACAACCUGGGGAGGAGACUAAGGAAGGUGGAGGACAAGCACCUGGACAAGGUUGCGCGUUUCGGCUGGGAGGUCUGCUCUCGGUUGUCAGACAUGCUCAAUUUCUCGAUCGUGCUGUACUCCACAUCUUCUUUCGGCUUCGCUGUGCUGGGUAACAAAACAAUGGACGGGGUGGUCGGCCUGCUGGCGAACGGCACCGUCGAUAUCGGCGUCACGGCGCUGGUGAUCACGCACCAGCGGCUCAAUUUCAUCGACUUUACUGGGCCGGGCGUUCUCUGGACCACCAAGAUCGCGUUCCGGCACCCAAAGGCGGUGGGCGUGUACGGGACGCUGUUCCGGCCGUUCGAGGCCCCUCUGUGGGUGGCCAGCAGCGUGGUGUACUCGCUGGUGCUGGCCACCGCGUGGCUGGCCUACCGCGCUGUGCGAUGCUGCGAGGGCGGACGUGAAGGCAGCUGGAGCUCGGCGCUGCUCCUGCUUUGUUCCGCCAUCAGCCAGCAAGCCAUCGUGACGUCGCUGCUGCUGCCGCCGCCCAGGACCAUCAGGAGCAAGCGAGACCUCGUGCACAGCCCGCUCGCCUUCGGCUCCGAGAACGUCAGCUACGUGCACGGCUACUUCGAGACGAGCGACGACCCGGUGGACCGCGCGCUGUGUGCCUCUCGUCUGUUCUCCCGCGGCGCCUCCAGGCCCAACUACUUUUCUCCAGAGGUCGGCGUGCGCAAGAUGGCGACGGAGUUGUUCGCGUACCAUGCGGACGAGUCUCGAAUGUACCCUCUCAUCGACCGCAUCUUCGACGAGCAGGCCAAGUGCGCGCUGGAGACAAUCAACUUCCUGACGCCCACGAGGACUUUCACAGCAGUGCAGAAGAAUUCACCACUCAAGGAGACCAUCACUGCAGCGGUGCGCAUGCUGUGGGAGCGCGGCUUCAUGGCGCACGCGCACAAGACGUGGCGCCUGGAGCCGCCCGCCUGCCUGUCGGACAGCGACUACGUCAGCGUCGACCUGGCCGCCGUGUCUCCCGUCUUCCUCCUGCUGGUCGCCGCGCUGCUGCUCGCCGCCGUGGUGCUGCUGCUGGAGAGGGCCUGGUGUCGGCCAAAGAAUUCAUUUAACACAGAGGUAUACAAAAACAGUGAUCAAAGGAGCUCAACAGUACAAGAAACUUGUGGAAGACAUAUUGUUAUGAAGUCGCCAAUACUUUACAGAAAAGAAAAUGAAUAAAUAAACUCUGUCAUUAUUUUACAUAGAUAUUUUCAAAUCUGAUUUAUCAUUAAGUUGUAGCUGUGGUUUUGACACA